CAAUAGAAGAAGCCCAAGCCCAAUUAUAAACCAAAGUCACAGCACAACUUGUUCUUAUUCUUCUCUCUCUCUCUCUCUAUCGUUAAUUCGGUACCCUAGAAAUACUAUCAACCUCGUUCACCAUCUGAUCGGAGAUCGGAGAUCGGAGAGGAGGAAUUCCGUUUCACUCACAACUCACAAAAGAAUCAGAGCAAAAACAAAAAUGGCAUGGAGAGGACAAUUAUCAAAGAAUUUGAAGGAGCUUAGGGUUCUGUUCUGCCAAUCGUCCCCUGCGAGCUCUGCCACCAGAGCAUUUGUAGAGAAAAACUACCAGGAUUUGAAAGCAUUGAACCCCAAGCUUCCAUUCUUGAUCCGGGAGUGCAGGGGAGUUGAACCCCAAUUAUGGGCAAGAUAUGACAUGGGUGUAGAGAGGGGUGUGCGUUUAGAAGGUCUAAGCGAGCCACAGAUCUUAAAGGCACUUGAAGACCUUGCGAAAGCAGGGGCAGCUACGACUAAAGCUUGAUUCAAUUAUUAAUGCAAUCGGAAAAAAUGUUAAAAAAUGAAAUAAAAUCUUUCUCAUGGAAAACAUUUCCGAAGAAUACUUGUCUUUAUUUUUUGUUUUGGGUUCGAUAGCAAAGCCUCUCUUUUGAGAAUGACUUUCAGCCAAAUGAUCAUAAGCUUGAUCAAUUAAUUGUUAAUGGAAUCAGAGAAGAAUGUUGGAGUUGAGGAAUGAAAUAAAAUCUUUCUCAUGGAAAACUUUUCCAUUCCAUUUAAUACUUGUCUAUUUGAGAAUGACUGUUUUAGUAUGGUACCACAUUUUUUGUAAUUUGAACAAUAUUACAAGGAUCAAGAUAUGUACUUUUUGGUGCAAAACUAAAGCACUUUUGAUGUGAUAAAAGCACAGCUUUCUGUUUAAA